GAUCAUUUUCGUUAGAAUGCAAAUAUAUUAACGCAAAUGUCGAAUAUCACGGUGUGUAUUUCGUAUUGUCAUGCAAUCUUUGUACGUUGUCAUGCGAAGGAACGAAAAUAAAGUAACCUAACAACCACCUAACAUGUACCAGACGACCCACGCACUACUGCGACUCUGGGAAACCGAGGAGAAAAGACUUUCCCCUUGAGAAUCUCGGUUCUCUUACGAAAAUCUUCGACUGAACGCAAACACGACUUUUUUGCUUUUGUUUUUGACAAUAUCGUUUCCCUCUCUGUCAACGAAGAACUAGAAUCUUCUCUUUUUUCGAGGUUAAUCGGCAAGUUUUCUAACGCGUGGUAUCAGCGCGGCGACCGGAGUGUGGCUUUUCAUGGGAAAUUUCUCUGAUCGAGAAUUCUCAUGCGUAGUUUCGUCCGAACAGGAGACAACCGAGUUGCUAGAAAAUACGUGGUACCGCCGCAGAUGCGAAUAUUCGAUGCAAGAAUCUACAACUUUCGUGAAAGGGCGAAUAAGGAUGACCCGUAUGUCCGUUAUUCCCGUGGAACGUGUCGCACUAUGCUCUUGAUACAGCGCGGACCAAGAGACGUUUAAUUCGUCGGUAGACAGAGAAAUAACAGAAAAUAUCGUACAGCCGAAACGAGGAGAACGUGAACGCAGAAAUUGAAUCGAAAGAAAAAGUGGUUCCCCUUUGUCGGGCUAGGCAGGGGCCGUGGACUUCCUCCUCGUAAUACUCGUAGAACUCAUGGUGAAUAAUUGAUAGAGAACAGUGUUAGAAUUUACCAAGAAUGCGUUGUCUAUGAGGAGGAACCGACGAAAUAAAUCUGUCGCGUUUCACUGGCAAAUGGUACGAGCAUUAAAACUUUCCUACCGAAAAGAAGAUUCGCGAGUCUAGUUUCUAUUAGCUCGGCCAUCGCUCGAAAGAGGCGCCUUCGACGAACUCGUUACGAGGUUACGAUCGUUGACACGGACACAGAAUCCUGUCGGGAUGAACCUCCGUGAUCUUUAACCGACAAUGUCGAUUAAUUACCAGGCAUGCUCGCGAGUAUUCUUAUUCGUGUAUAUCCGAGCUGGCCUAUUGACGAUCUGAAAAGGCAUUUCCCGAGCGACGUGAAAAAUCGCACGAACGCAUAUGAUUCAUAAGAAAUCCCGUGUCAAAGUCGACCGUAUCAGGGUCACAUACGGAAUCAAGUGCACUCUGAGAUGUUAGAAGUUGGUCUGAGGGUGGUCCGUGGACAGGAUUGGGAGUGGGACGACCAAGAUGGUGGAGAGGGCCAUGCUGGAACCGUUGUGGAAAUUGGCAAGCCUCCCUCCUUCGGGAAUUCCGCUUCCAGUCCGAAUCCCUCUGACAGAACGCCGGAUAAAACGGUCAUCGUGGAGUGGGACCACGGGUCUAGAAGUAACUACAGAAUCGGGUAUCAAGGAGCUUACGAUCUGUUGGUAUUCGACAAUGCAGCCACCGGCGUUAAACACGCGCACAUUAUUUGUGAUGGAUGUAAAAAGCACGGGAUAAUCGGUAUUAGAUGGAAGUGCGCCCAAUGCCCUGAUUACGACUUGUGUACUCAGUGCUACAUGGCCGAUGUGCACGAUCUAACUCAUACUUUCCAAAGAUUUCAAACGGCUAAUUCCAUGGGGGUCCAAUUAACUCAGAGAAAAGGUUGUACUAAAAUACCUCUGAAGGGAAUAUUUAUUGGGGCAAAAGUUGUCCGUGGUCCGGAUUGGGAAUGGGGAAACCAGGAUGGAGGUCCAGGGAAAACUGGUAGAGUUAUGGACAUACGUGGUUGGGACAAUGAAAGUAGCCGUUCCGUGGCAACCGUGACUUGGUCCAAGGGCAGCACAAAUGUGUACAGACUCGGAUACAAGGGUUGCGUAGAUUUGUGCUACGUAGAGGAAGCUACGGCUGGCACAUACUAUAAAGAGCAUCUUCCUCUCCUUGGUCAACCAGUGCCAACUGUGUCCGAUAACGGAAGCGUCUCCACACCAGCCAAGAGUGGUAUUCCUUGCACUGUGUCUAGUCCAUGUCACUCAACAUUUAAUGUUGGAGAUAAAAUAAAAGUAUUGGUUAGUGUAGAAAUGUUAAAGGAAAUGCAAGAAGGUCACGGCGGUUGGAACUCGCGUAUGGCCGAAUACAUAGGCAAGGUUGGCAGAGUUCACCGGAUCACGGAGAAAGGGGAUGUCCGUGUACAAUUCGAGGGAUGCAACAAUAGAUGGACCUUCCAUCCAGGAACGCUCACAAAGGUCACGUGUAAGGACACAUUUUCCCUGGGCGAUAUAGUUCGAGUGAAAACCGAUUUGUCCGCCGUGAAACUGUACCAACGUGGUCACGGCGAAUGGAUAGACGUUAUGAAAAACGCCCUAGGGAAAACGGGGAAAGUGAUCAAGAUCUAUUCGGACGGAGAUUUACGAGUAGCGUUAGACGGUCACACGUGGACGUUCAACCCGUUAAGCGUGACCCUCGUUCCUCCAGGAACCGAGACCGUUGCCAUCCAGGACGAGGCGAACAGAAGCAGAGAUUGGGCAGGUGAAGACGUAGACACAGAGGUUGAGAAACUGUUAAGAGACGCCGCCAGAGGAGAAGCAGGCGUGUCCGCGGUUCAAGAAUUCCUGAAGAAGUACCCCGGCAGAGUGGACGCCAGAGCCGGUGGUCCCGGCGGCGGGAAGAAGACGUGUCUACAAGUCGCGGCGCACCAGGGGCAACGGGAUCUCUGUGUCCUCCUGCUGGACGCCGGGGCGUCCUUUCGAACGGUGGACGAAGAUGGGGACACGUCUCUUCAUUACGCCGCAUUUGGCAAUCAACCAGAAAUAAUGGAGCUGCUUUUGUUGCGCGGCGCGCCGAUUAACGCCGUGAACUUUGGCAAAUGCAGCAGCCUGCAUGUCGCCGUGAACAAGAAACACGCGCAGUGCGUGAAGGUUCUGUUGCGCCAUAACUGCGACGUGAAUUUACAAGACUCGUACGGGGACACGGCGCUGCACGACGCCAUCGGCAAAGACGCUAUAGGGAAAGACGCCUUGGACAUCAUCGACGCGCUCUGCUCCUGCGACAGGGUCGACUUCACGUUGGAGAACAAACGAGGCUUCAACGUGUUGCACCACGCCGCUCUCAAGGGCAACGCUCACGCGACCGAGAAACUGGUGGCGCGGGCGAGGCACCUGGUGGACGUGAAGAAAGAAGACGGCUUCGCGGCGCUGCACCUGGCGGCGUUGAACGGCCACAGAGGAGUCGCGGCUAUACUUCUCUCUCAGAACGGUGGCCACGCGAAAGUCAAUUUGCGCAACAACCGUCGACAGACACCGUUGCAUCUGGCCACGUCGCAGGGUCACUGGGCUCUGGUGGAGUUGCUAGUGCUUUACAACGCCGACAUCGCCAGCACGGAUGCCAGCGGUGACACGGUGUUGCACAUUGCUGUGAUGAAGAGUGUGAAUCAAACGAACGUUGUUCCUACGCCGGAGAACAGUCGGUGCUCGCCCCUGAUUUACGCCAUAUGGCAGAACCUGGCUAGACAGGGCACCAAAACGGAGCUGGCGUUAGCCUGCUUCUUGGUGAGCGUCGACAGAAGCGGCACUCUACUGGAGCACGCGAAGAACUCAAAGAACAAGACGCCCAUGGACAUUCUGAAAGAGGAUCGUCAGCUCGCGCAGUACGCCGAUCUGCUACGCUGUUAUCAAUACCAAAGUCACGGAACUCAAUUAGAGAUAGAGAAUGCCCCCGUCCCGCAGCCUUCCAUGUACCAGGUCGAUCCUGCGUCGCAAACGGAAAUGAUCCGUGGGCCCAGGAAGAGCGGUGUGCCCAGUUCCAACGACACCGUCGAGUGCCAGGGUUGUUUAGGCUUAGUAACGAACACGAGCAAGGAAGGGAGCAGGUUCAAUCCCGGCAGCAGCGUCGGGGUUAUCAACUGUGCUCACUGCGGUUUCGGGAUAGCCAAGACACAGGCGAUUUCAGACAUGGACGGCCAAUCAACGGCUGGCGAGAUCCCGUUGAUGAAGUCCGAGGACAAGGUGAAGGACACCGCGCUGGAGAACAAGAAGAAAGAGGAGAACGAGGAGAAGGAGAGAGAGAAGGACAAAGAUUUGGAACGUCUGCGUUACUUGGAAACCAGGGUAGCCGAUUUGGAAGAGGCGAACAUGUGCAGCAUUUGCAUGGAGCGUCGUCGCAACGUCGCCUUCCUCUGCGGCCACGGUGCCUGCGAGCACUGCGCGACCCCGUUAAAGACUUGCCACAUGUGUCGCAAAGUGAUCACGAAGAAAAUCAAUUUAUACUAGACAAUCGUCGGAGGGCAGCUUUCCUCGGAGGCGGAAGGUCCGUUAGAACUGUAAAAAGAUUGGAAACACUUGGAAACUUCGACUGCCAAAAUAUACAGGUUUUCCUCGGUUUUUUCUCUCUUUUUUUUUGUUUUUGUUUCUUUCGUACGUCUAGCGUGAAACGUUUAAAGUCUUCUCCGAUUGCACCAGGCGUUGUGCCAUAAACGAACAUGUCCGUUCACGCGAACACGGGACACCGAACUUUACUUUUAGGCGCUCCGGUUACCGAUUCGAUUCCCCGAUCGCGUAUUUCACCGGAUACACACGGUAACGCGUUUUUCCUUUCUUACGCAAGCGACGUCUCGCUUGUCGCAAUCCCGUCCAUUUUUUACCUUCGUUCGAGGACACGAAAGUAUCCGAUAAGAAUCGAUUUUUCGUACCUAGGCAUUCAACGCGCAGCUUUAUCGUGAAACAUUACCAUGGAUCAGUGGUGUAAAUAGUGGUAGUAAUAGCAGAGCUCGCCGGUACCGUGAGACAACAGCUUUCUCGAGUACGCUCUCUCCCCGGCACGGUUCACGGGUCGAGUAUCGGCGGUUCGAGUGAACACUAGCGAACCGCGAAGCUUUUUUACAUAUCGUAUCAUACCUUUUCACGAUACAUCAUGUAUAUUGUUAACGAUUGUAGAGUACGAGGGCGAUUUCUAUUGUUUUAUAUGUAAUAUCAAUGUGACAUUAGUGAUAGUAUAAUAACGAUGAUGGAUGAUGGAUGAUAGAUGAUGAUGAUAGUAAUAAUAAUGAACGAUAAGAGGGCACGUUCGUCUUAAAGGAUAUCGAAG